UUGCAGCAGCUCCUGAAGGCAGCAUUGGAAUUUCCUCAGAGCAGACAGGUGAAGGAGCAGUGUUGCGUACCUGUCGCACCUGAGCUCUCUCUCUCUCUCUCACACACACAAACACACACACACACACACACACACACUACAUGCACUGAAAAAUGGAGGGAGAAGAAAGCAGGAAAACCAGACGGAAUUGCAGAGGACACUUUUCCACAGUUCUCCUCCUCAUUUUAAUCCACGCAGACGGAAUCAUCAGCUCAGAUCUGUUCCGUGAACAAACGUCAAACCUGAAGAAUUUCCAGAUUGUCAUACCUCAGCUUGUGCACAAACGAUGGCAGAGAUAUGAUAAGAGCACGCAACCACACAAACAGAGAGCAGAUUCGGAGAGUCUGACCUACUCGAUUGAGAUAGAUAACACUGUUCACCUCUUACAUCUAACCAAAAACAAAGACUUUUUAUCUCCUGAUUUCACGGUGGUCUCUCACGACGUGCAUCGUAACUCAGUGAAAAGCCACAAAGAGAAACCUGUGUUGUGUCAUUACUAUGGCCGAGUCUCGGGUUAUGAGGAAUCUCUGGUGGCUUUGAGCACCUGUGAUGGACUCAGGGGCGUCAUUUUCUUGGGGAACAAGAGUUACGCCCUGGAACCUGCUGUACACUCCUCAAACAACGAGCACAUCCUAUUCCCCCUGGAGAGCAGUCAGUCGGAGCCGUUCGUGUGCGGAGUGGACAGCGAGCAUGAUCGUGACCAUGACAGCUCCCGUGACCAUGCCACGUCUAUGGGCAUGUUUUUACGGAAAAAACGCAACCUUCCUCAGACCAGAUACGUGGAGCUAGUGUUAGUCGUGGACAAUCUGAGGUUUAAAUUGAAGAAGAGCAACCGUGUGGCCGUGAAGGACGAAGUGGUGCAGCUGGCCAAUUUGCUGGACACGUACUUCAAGCAGCUGAAUAUUAACAUCGUCCUGGUGAGGCUGGAGAUUUUCGAGAAAGGCAACCCGUUUAACGUUGAAGGAAACGCCAGAGAUGUUUUAAAACGUUUUGUUGACUGGAGGAAAAAGAAUCUGAUGUCACGUGUCCGGAACGACAUGAGCCAGCUUAUCCUGGGUCGUACAGGAGCAUACAACGGAGGGAUCCUUGGCAUGGCCUAUGUGGGCACUGUUUGCUCAGCAGGCAACGGAGGUGGAAUUAGUGUGUUCAGUGACGAUAACUUCCAGUUUUAUUCCACGGUCCUGGCUCACGAGAUGGGACACAACCUGGGGAUGAACCACGACACCUCGUCCUGCCAAUGUGGAGCAAGCAGAUGCAUCAUGAGCGCCGGCGCCAGUGAAACAAGGUUGUUUAGCUCGUGCAGCGGUACAGAUUUUGAGAACCUGGUCCUGCGUGGAGGAGGUGUAUGUCUGCUGAAUCAGCCGUUUCCGAACAGCACCAUCUCCGUACCUAAGUGCGGUAACCAGAUCCUGGAGGGAGACGAGGAGUGCGACUGCGGACCCCCAGAGACCUGCAGUAAUAAAUGCUGUGAUGCAGCAACAUGCACUUUCACAAAGGGUUCAGUCUGUGCUGCUGGAGCCUGCUGCAAAGACUGUCAGCUGCUGGUGUCUGGAACGCCCUGCAGAGAGUCAGUGAACCAGUGCGACCUGCCCGAGUACUGCACCGGCCAGUCCAGUUUCUGCCCUCCAAACUCAUACCUAAUGGACGGUCUGACCUGCGAGGGCGGCACCGCAUACUGCUAUGAGGGCCGGUGCCAGACGCUGGACUACCAGUGCAAGCAGCUCUUCGGCCAAAGUGCAGUAAAAUCCAAUGAUAAAUGCUUCAGCCACGUGAACACACAAGGCACCAAGUUCGGAAACUGCGGCUACUCCGGGUCCAAAAUAACCGCGUGUUCUGUGGCGAACUCCAUGUGUGGGAAGAUCCAGUGCACAAAUUUCGAGUCGAAUUACCCCCUUCCUGGAGCAGUCAUCAGCGUUGAGAACAUAGAAUCAGGGAUCUCGUGUAGUAACGUCGACUUCAACCUGGGACCAGACGUUCUGGACCCGGGGUACGUCAAAACAGGGACCGUCUGUGCUGCAGGGAAAGUCUGCAUGAACUUCCAGUGCGUGAAUUCAUCAGUGAUGACACAGGGGCAGAAGUGUAAAGCUUCAAGAGACUGCAACGGCAACGGGGUGUGUAACGAUAAGGGACACUGUCACUGUAACUACAACUGGGCUCCCCCUUACUGCGACAAACGGGGCAUGGGAGGCAGUGUAGAUAGCGGACCUGCUCAAAUAGAUUACUCGCUGAGGAACGGCCUGCUCAUCUUCUUUCUGCUGGUGCUGCCCAUUCUGCUGGUGUCUGGUCUUCUUAACUUUUUCAGACGGGACUUGCCAAAACGGUGCUUCAGGGCACGACGGUCCAGAUGCCAGAGGACUAAUGAAGCCAACACUCAGAGGAACAACCAGCCAAAUGGAAUCGUACCAGCACAUCCUCCUCCACCCAUACAAUAUCCACAGAAUCUUUUUGCCAUUACCAUUGAAGCUCAGGCAAGCUCUAACAAUCAGGGUGUUGUGCAGCCUACAGUUUGGACUACUCAGCUUCCCAGAAACUGACCGGAGUUCCUCGACCCAUUCCACCCAGGAACAUCGUGACCUGAGCGAACUAAAACUAAAACUCUCCUAGUGAAGGAGCAUCAGACUUGUCUCUAGUGUUAUGUAACGUAUUGUAAUUCUGCCAGUGAUGAUUCUAUACAUGGACUAGAAUGUUGUUUGUUACAUACCCCAUUACAUUUUUUAUAAUAUAAAAUGCAUAUAGUUAAUAUAUCUAAUAUAGUUAAUAUAGCUAAUAAAUCCUUUUAAAUUUCUAGAUAUUUUUAUGAUCAGCUACAAAUAAUU